AUGUAUGCCGGUCGAUGGAUAAGUUUCCCCAAAACUCGAGCAGAAAGGUCAAAUAUUUCUGAUCGAUUUGCACAGACAACCACUUAUCCGGGCGUAUUAGGCUGCAUUGACUGUACACACAUAGCCAUAUUCCCUCCUAAUGAACGCGAGGAAGCGUACAAAAACUUUAAAGGGUUUCAUUCUUUGAAUGUUCAAAUGGUGUGUGAUUCUGAGAUGCGAAUUUUAAACGUUCUUGCAUUCCCUGGUAGUGUGCACGAUCAGUUUUUAUUUACAUCUAGUGCUUUAAGUACAGAAAUGGAGAGAUUACACACCAAUAGAAUUGGACAGUUUUAUCUUUUAGGUGAUUCUGGUUAUGCCUCUGAGCCGUAUAUGUUGAUUCCAAUAUUACACGCAAAUGAAGGGAGUCCUGAAUACAGGUAUACAAAGAACCACUGUUUGGUCAGAAAUAGCAUAGAAAGGGUAUUUGGAGUUCUAAAAGGAAGGUGGCGGUGUCUAAAAAAAGAUCGUGUAUUACACUAUAAACCUCAAAAAGCGGGAGUUAUUAUAAAUUGUUGUGCAAUUUUACAUAAUAUGGCAAUACAGGAGUAUACUUAA